UGCUCAAAAGGUUCUUUACAGAACUGAUCAAUGAAAGGUUCAUCACUGCCACCUCUUGGAGCAUUACAUCUGCCUCAUCACAGCGUUUAUACAGUGUUAUAACCGAAUCACGUGACUUUAAUGUUCCCUCAUUAUAAGAAACUUUAAUGUCAGAUACUAACUGUGAUGCAUUUCACAUCUAAACCCAAGUAAAGUUGUCCUCUUGCACGGAAAACUGAAGAUGUCAUAUUUGUUGUGUCAAAUGGCAUUUCCUCUUUCGUGUUUGUUCAUGGCUCCCCCCAUCGGAUUCACUGUAAAAUGGUCGAUUAUUUUAGCGAACCGCCCCGUUCACUCAUUUGAGGAGAGAAGCCGCUGACUUUCUUCUUCAUGCUCGCUUCUUGAUGGACAUUACACAACUUGACAGGUAACGCGACGCGCUUUCGCAGCGUUUUCCUCCAGCUCGUGUGAUGCUCACGCGCACGAACUGUGUUUUCUCGGCUCGCUUGUAACGGAAAUUUUUGGUACGUCAUUAAUAUGGCGCCAAAAGAGUUAUAAGAGUGAGCUUAUGUUGCUGCUCGCGUUCACUCAGACCAACACAAACAACAUGAUAAACCUGAGAUUCAGACGCUGAAGUCGAUGGCUUGUCACGACACUGGAGCAGUUAGUGCGCUUCACUUUGCAGGGAUGUGAGGAAAUGCUUUCCUCAGAAACAGUUUUGCGGAUGACGAACAGAUGAACGUUGCUAUUAUAAGUGAGGAAACAACAACUCGACGGAAGCCAUCGGGUCGCGCUAACCCGCCGACAGUAACUUUUAUUCGGGCUGUGGAGGGGAAAUCAUCCGCCGUGCUGCUGUCACACGAGAGAUACAUGUGCCUGGCCUCAAAUGAUCCCCUGAUUUCUGGCCAUCGAGGACAUCACGCCCUCGAAUAAGAUGGAGAGUGAGAUGAAGAGGAGGAAGUACUCCACCAGCAGCAACGACUCUGACACCACCGACAGUCAUGUGACCACCUGGUCACGGUCUUCAAAGAACACAGGGACCAAUAGCACAUGGGUACGCCAUGAGCAGAAGAAACCAUCUGAGGUGUUUCGGACCGAUUUCAUUACAGCCAUGAAGUUGCCUGAUUCAGCACAACUGAGCCCAGAGGAGUUUUAUUUCCUGUCAGACCCCUGGAGGCAGGAAUGGGAGAAGGGUGUGCAGGUGCCAGCCAAUGUGGAACCCAUCCCUGAGCCUGUAGUCAGGGAGCUUCCUGAUGUCAAUCGAAUCCCAUUCUUUUCACCAAUCCAAGCCAGGGGCCAGUCAGAGUUUGGCUUCGGAGAGUCACAUGGUCUCACUGAGCCGCUGAGUCGCUACGAUCUGGAUGAUCUGGAUGUGACCUGGCUUGAACUGGUUAAUACUGAAUUCAGACAGUUAGCACUUCCGGAGCUGGACGAGCUCACCAUGGAGCAGGUUGUGGUUGAGCUGGAGAGCAGGUGUCAGCAGAACAUGCAGCAGGCCAUCGAGACGGAGGAGGGGCUGGGUAUCGAAUACGAUGAGGACGUGGUUUGUGACGUGUGCCGCUCACCUGAGGGGGAGGACGGCAAUGAGAUGGUUUUCUGUGACAAGUGCAACGUUUGUGUGCACCAGGCAUGUUACGGGAUCUUGAAGGUGCCGCAGGGUAACUGGCUGUGCCGAACAUGUGCUCUUGGAGUGCAGCCCAAAUGUUUGCUCUGUCCCAGGAGAGGAGGAGCUCUGAAACCCACUCGUAGUGGAACCAAAUGGGUCCACGUCAGCUGUGCCUUAUGGAUCCCUGAGGUGAGCAUUGGCUGCCCUGAGAAGAUGGAACCCAUUACAAAAGUAUCACACAUCCCGGCCAGUCGAUGGGCCUUGUCCUGUAGCCUGUGCCGUGAACACACUGGCACAUGUAUUCAGUGCUCCAUGCCAUCCUGCGUCGUGGCCUUCCACGUGACCUGUGCGUUUGACCACGGACUAGAGAUGCGCACCACUCUGGCGGAGAACGAUGAGGUGCGCUUCAAAUCGUACUGUCUAGAGCACAGUAGCGUCUCGCGCUCAAACAGUGGCGCUAGUGCAGACAGGCCCGAACCACGGCACGCUGGGCAGGAUCUUCCAGGGAUCUCUCAUUCAGAUCGUGCAAAGCAGGAGCAAGCAGAACGGGAGAAAGCCAGUCAACGCAAGCAGAAGCUGCAAGAGCUUGAAGACGAGUUUUACAGAUUAGUGGAUCCCAAGGAUGUUGCGGAAAGCCUUUCCCUGCCAGAUGCUCACGUGGACUUCCUCUUCCAGUACUGGAAACUGCGACGAAAGGCCAACUUCAACCAGCCGCUGGUGACCAUCAAGAGGGAUGAGGUGGACAACCUCGCCCAGCAGGAGCAGGAUGUUCUGUAUCGCCGUCUGAAGCUCUUCACUCACUUGCGUCAGGAUCUUGAGAGGGUCAGAAACUUAUGUUACAUGGUCACACGCAGAGAGAGGAUCAAACACUCUUUAUGCAACCUGCAGGAGAAGAUCUUUGCCUUGCAGAUUCAGCUCUUAGAGAAGGACUUGGAUGGAGAAAAAACUCUGAGAGGGGAGAAGAUUCAUCGCAAUGGAGUCAGGGAACGAGUAAAAGAAAGGAGGAAGAGCAGUCCAGAAAAGAAGGACAAAUGGAGAUCAGACGACAACUCUCUAUUCACACAGCUGGGUUUCUCCAAAUCCUUUCCACUGGACGGGUCACUGUUUGACAGCUGGCUGGCUCAGUCCGUUCACAUCACGGCAGAUAACAUGCUGAGCCAGUGGUCUCUAUCCGGAGAGAGCGACGACCCGUCCGCCAGCCUCCUCUCAGACCAGCUCCUGCAGGGCGAGGAGAGCCUGCUCAGCCUGAUGAUGGACCACUCCAUGAAGUCCACCUGGAAAACACCUCAGCUGGGCCGCAAGGCAAGGGGUGGGCCACGCAGCCGCAGGAAGUCUGUCUCACUUCCACGGAUUGGAUCUGCAGUUAAAAGCAAGGUUUGGUCUGAGGACCAGCGGCCCAAACGAGGAGAGAGAACGCGCCAUCUCCAACACCAUCACAACCGCGGCGAGGGCAGGUCGGACCCUCUGCAGCCAGCCAUCUCCAAAAUGGACUCGUGCCACAUUUCCGAGGAGCAUGGCUCUUGGGAUGGCGGCACUGGGGAUACGGAGAGCGGCAAGCGUUCGCAGAUGGCCUUACGUCUACGUCUACCUAGACAGGGCAAGUCACGGUCUAAGAGUGAAACGACCCAGGCCUCGCUGCAGAACAGCACAUCUGCACCGGACACUGAAACAGACGGCUAUUUCUCUGAUGCAGAACAGAGUGACAGUGAAUUGCGCUCAUCCAGCCGAAAGCUGCGCUUGCCCCAACUGCAUGCUGGGAAGGAGCAAGUAGUGCGGCGAAGCGUGCUCGCCUCCUAAAACUAUUGGUGUCACUCCUAGUGCUGUUUCUGUCAUCAGUAGGAGACUUGGUCUCUCUUGACACAUCCGUCUCCAGACCUUCUUUUCUUGUUUUAUCUGUCAGAGUAUAUUAGCCAGUCGCCUACAUUUAUGCAACCAUAACCAUUUGUGCUUGAAAAAACGGCAAGGAACAAGAAAAAGUCUAAAUGAACACUGUCGGAUGUGUCCUUUUGGGAAGCAAUAGGAUCUGUCCUGGAGCAGGGACAAUGACGUGGGCAUUAUAACGUCUGUUCAGGUUGUGUUUGUUUUGAAUGAACAUGUAUGUUGUGUGUCUCCAGAGGAUGUGGCUACUUUAAAAUGAUUUACAGAGAAAAUAUGACGCAAAUAAGCACAAAUAGCCGUUGGGGAAUGUAGCACACGCGUCAUCCGCCUCAUUCGCUUUGAGUAUAGACGUACCAGCAUCACGAGCGUGUACGUGUGUGUACCAGUGGACAGAUCUGAGCACAGUUGGGUCAAUCUAUCUCAAGUGGUCCAAAAAUGGUUGCUUGACCAUUUUUAUUUUCCUCCAGAUUUCCAUUAGCCGUAGCUUUUUAACCAGCUCGAUUUUUUUUACUAAUUUUUACAGCCAAUAGAGGAGUUGCAUUUGUGAAAAUUCUCAAAAUUGAAAUGUUCUGCAUGUUGCACGAUAGAUCAUUUGGGAGCACAGUUUCGUCACUGCAGUUCUGUACGCAGAAAAACCAUCGUCGAAGACGCCCUUCGAAAUGAAACGCAGACAUUUAUGUUUGCAAGCCAUUAAACGGACAGACUGGACUGAUGAAACCUGUUGCAAUUAUGCUACUAUUAAAGCAUGAAUUUGAUGUAAACAAUACAUCUACAUAAUAUUCACAUAUGUGGUUCAUAGGGGGCAAAAUGUAUUUUGUAAUAUACCCUAAACAUCAGUUUUUGUUUCAAGGAGCUUUAGGAACGUCUUGAGUCAAGAUAGUGAAGACAACCGCUGUGGUCAAACCAAGUAAAAUACACUUAAAAAAUGGUGGUUUUGCAAUACCAAUAUGAAUAAAUUACAAAUGGUCAGGCAACCUCCACCGGACCACUCGUGAUGGUGUGACCCAGUUAAAUCUAAAACCCCGAUUUUGGGGUCUUUUUGCAAGAUUCAAACGUUUUCUUCCACUUGUUUUGGUCCAUUUCUUCAGAAAGAACUGUUGUCAUUCUCCAUUCAAGCGUGCCUUCUGUAGCCCCCCCAAAUCAAGCUAAUAAUCAGCAUGUUUAACCAUUUUAAUACAACGAUGGCAAUCAGAAAUGAAAACCUGCUUGGUCCAAAAAGCUCGUAUGAAAGUGUCGAGGCCGUAGAUGUUCUAGGUGCCUAGAAAACAGCAUCCAGCCAACAAUCGAUCCUGCUUUAGCAAAGUGCUGUUCUUGAACCAACAUCAGUCAGUCAGUUCUUCAGUCGUUUACUGACAUUUGUGACGUCUAAUGAAUCAACUCACAGUGUUAAUCUCAGGGUUAAAGAGAAGAAGUGAUCGCAAUCAUCUGAAAAGUUUAAACCUGUACAUUCUUUGGCAAAGCUUCACGUGUGUUGAGAGGAUCUUCUCACGGUAUAAUGAUGAUGAAACACUGAGUUUCUUUUCUUUCUUUCUUUUGUAUGAUGAUGCCAAAGAAAAGUAAGUCAGCAUAUACUCCGAAGUGGAUGUAAACAUUGUGUCUGGAUCUUCUGAAGAUCCCGACCUGCACUGAUGUCCACUCGUACACUCCUGGAUCGCAUCAUCAAUCGAGCAUCGUCCUCAUCAGUGAUCACAUGAUGGGCCACAGGAAGUCUGAUGCUCUGUCCAGAAAUGUUUUGUUUAUGAGACAAAACCAACUGAUAUGUCGCGUACGUGAUGUGUGUCAAUGAGCGGAGUGUGUGUUCUCUCUGCAGACCUGAGGGAACAACUAAGGGUUAGUCCACCCAACAGAGGGUUAGUCCACCCAACAGAGGGUUAGUUCACCCAACAAGGACAGUUCUGUCACCAUGUAUUCAGUCUCAUGUCGUUCCAAACCCGUAUCAGUGUUCCUUUCCAUUUAAUGAAGGUAAAUGGGUCCAAAAAAAGACAAACAAAAGAGUAGUCAGGAGUCCAUGCGCCACAUUCCAAGUCUUUAUUUACUGAAAACCUUCCCUUCCACCAUAGAUCUCCAGUGUGCUGUAUUCUAGUCUUCUGAUAAACAAGUCUUUGUCAUUCUCUGUACCAUAGAAGAGUCAUACGGGUUUGGAACGUCUCCACGGUGGAUGAACGACGACUGAAUUUCUUCACUCCUCGUUCUGACUCUUCAUUGGCUUAAACCGUGACGGCUGUCUGCUGUAUCCGUACAGACCACAGACAGCGACCUGUACAGAUCUCAUGUAUCUUAGCUGCUUUAAUAGGGACUAAUCAUAGAUGCUGGUCAUUUGCCGUUCUCUGGUUCAGUAUGCACCAAACGCAGACAUGGAAUACUGUGCCUUUAGUGAUCUAGUUUCAGCCACCUGCAAGAGUUCACGCUUCUUUAUCAUGCUUCGCUGCCGUUCGUGUACCAAAACUAUAACAUAUACUCUACGUAAUCUCUGUAAAUGUUCAGCUUCUGUGCAAUCAUUUUCUUCCCACAUCAUAAACAGGACAAGAAUGACAGAGUAGGUCUUGACACUUGUAUUUGUUGGCAGAUAUGUUGUUAGUGAGCUAAACACUUCGACAUAAAAGGGGAACUAGUCUUUGCACUUGUUAUUUUUGUCUUUACUGCUGGCUUUGAUUCAAAACUGCUGGCUGCUGGUAAUCAACAAGGGGUGUGCGAUAUUGACAAAAAAUGUUUCCGAAUUUUCUGCUAACAAUAAUUAGAUGAUGUUUUGCUGAGUGGGUUUUUGUCUUGGCUGAUUUAGGCCUGACUCACAUAAACAUAUUCUUCAUUUUCUGUUUCGCCGAAAUGAACUCUUUGAUUAAAAUUUCCAUUUAAACAGCAUCUGAAGUGGCAUUAGAUGUAUUUACACAGACUGUGUGUAAUGCAGUUUAGAGGUGGCAUGAAUUAAUUUACACUGCAGUUGCAUGAAUAAAGCAAUAAUGUUUAAAAAUAAAUUAGGGCUGCACGAUUAAUCGGACGAUUAGAAAAAAAACAUUGAAAUCACACUUAAACGAUUUGGCUUAGUGCGAUUAUGAAAUCGGGAUUAUUAUUUUUUUAUGCGCGGUUUAUCAAUGAACUAUGGCUCCAAAUGCUAAUCCAUCUGAAAGCACUGAAAGUUUGAAUCGCUUAUAAUGUGUUUGAAAAAACAACACGUGUCAAAACAUCUUUCCAGACAUGAGAAGCAUUUAUUAACAUCUUGUCCAACAAAAGACAACAUUUAAUAACAUGUUUUUACUCCAAACUCACUUCAUAACGACAGUUGAGCGUCCUUCUGUGAGAUGAUGUGGCUUCUUACACAGAAUAAGGCAGUCGUGUGUUCAUUAUCAAAAUGUUUCAGUCAUGUUUAAUCAAUCUUCUGUUUAUUGAGCGACAGCGAUAGUAUGGGAUUUCCUGGAAUGACGCGUGUUCUUUUUCGGCAGCAGGGCAUAUUUGCAGUUUCUGCACAAGAGCGCCCUCUGGCUUUCAGAUAAAGAAACAUUUACUACUGAUCACAGAGCUGUACAGCUCUGACAAGCUGCGCAUAAAAUAAUUCGCAGCUUUUGCUUCGAUUAAAAUUGCGAUAAAUCGUGCAGCCCUAGUAUAAAUGUUAAAAAUUAAAUAAUACUUUAAAUAUGAAACUAAAAACCCCAGUAGGUAGUGGCAAGUCACUGUCUAGAUGAGUGAGUCACUGAAUCAUUCACUCAUUGCUCAGAAACUCAAAACGGUUCUGCUUUGGCUUUGUUUAGAACUGUCGUCGUUAGUGAAUUAGAGCAAAAACGGACAAUACUGUGUCUAAAAUGUAACUCAUUUAAUAUAAAGUUCUUGUCGGUUGAAUUUUAUAAAAUCAAUAUCACAUUUGCAGUCGUGCUGAUAUUUGGGAAAACCGCACACUUGCUCAUGUGACAUUGCUUAACUGUAUCGUGAUAUAAAUAUAAAAGACAAAAACUUAUACAGAGCAUUUUUUGCCCCUACAUAUUUAAUUUCAGGGUCAUUCUGACUUCAUUCUACUAGGCUACAUCACAGUGAAAGAGUUCUCUCUCAAGACUGUUCAAAGUGAGUGACAUACUCCAUAAUGUCAGCUCACAUUGUUAAAACAACAAUUAAUAUCGUAGACGACACAUCGCACACCCCUUUUCUUGUGGUUUGAGUGGUCUGUUUUUAAAAGCAUGCGGUUCGGCCUGAGAGGACACCUUUGUUCUUGCCCUCUCAUCCAUGGAGUAAAGUUACAGGGAAUCUAUGAUUGGCUGAUUAUGAACUCCUUAUUGCAAAUAGUUGAAUCUCAAAGAAAUGGCUGAAGAAAAGUCAUAUUUCAUCCACUGAAAUAAAUUAUAUUUUGCAUAAAGAAAAUGAAGCCAAUUUUUAGGAACAUUAAGGCUCUUUUAUUUAUUUUUUUCACAUACCCCCUUCACCCAAAUAUCCUUCAGUGUUGUGGUUUACCUCUGGCUGAACCUGCGUGCACGUCUGUACCGAAGAUGCGUUCAGAUGUGGGCCAGUUCAGUGAUGCUCUGAACUUCUGCAGCGCUUUAGAAUCCCAUCAUGAAAGUCCAACAGCAGCUUUUGCUGUCAUAUCGAAGUCUGAACUCGCUCCAAUGACUUGUUUACUGUUCAGUGAAAUCCUAAAUGAAUAAAAUCAGGCAGAGGAGAGGUAAAGCACUAGCAGGCUGUAGUCUAUUAAGAAUCACUUGUGUCCUGUAAAUCUAUCGACAUCUUCCGCUCGACACGGUUACGAUAUGAUGAUAUGAAUGUUGCAGGGGUUUAUCCUUCUAUGUUCUUUGUUUCAAAGAAUGUUGUGCCAUUUGUUUAUAGCAGAGAGAACUAUUGAACAUAAAAAAAAAGAAGAGCUAUUUUAAAUUAUUUUAGGUUUUUUUUUUUUUUUUUUUUUUUUUUUGCUAUAUUUAUUUUCUUGUAUUGGAAAUCUUUAUAGAAGGACAAAAGUAUUUUUCAUCAGUGCAAAAACCUAUUUUUCCGUUUUGUACAUUUUCCAUGUUGAGCAGUCUUUAGAGCAAUAUAAUGUUCAUGUGACUGUAUGUGCAUGCUGUUUGUGAUGCCUUAAUAACAGCUCCCGUCCCAUCAUCGCCAGCGCUCGGCUGUGGUCGACCAGUGCAGUCAAUAAAGCUGUGCUUUCUGUC